AUGGCACAACGCGCAAAACGACGUCGUUUAAACACUCAAUCAAAUCCCACAAGUUUGGCAGAGGAGACGAGAAAGCUAUAUUCGAACGAUCCUCUUAGUCCAGCUACACAUCUGGAGAAAGAUAAAUGGAAUGGUUUUUGCGAGAUCGAAUCAGAGCCUGCCCUCUUCAACGUAAUGCUUCGUGAGUUUGGAGUGAAGGGGGUCAAAGUACAGGAAGUCGUAUCCUUGGAUGAUGAAAUGCUAGCAGUUUUACAUAAACCAGUCUAUGGGUUAAUAUUCUUAUUUCGCUGGCGAGAAGAUGAUCCAGAAAAGCAAGAAGCGAUUUGUCCGGAGGGUAUUUGGUUUGCAAACCAGACAGCUAACAAUGCAUGUGCUAGCGUUGCAUUGCUUAAUAUUGUCAAUAAUAUUGAAGGAAUUGAUCUUGGUGAAAAUUUACGGCUGUUUAAGGAGUUUACAAUGCCCUUCACACCUGCUCUAAGGGGAGAUGCGAUCAACAAUUUUGAAUUUGUGAAAAAUAUUCACAAUUCAUUUGCCAGGAAAAUGGAUAUGCUCAAUGCAGACCUUCAUCUUAGAAAUGAAACUACUUUUAGCAAGGCCAAGCCAUCCAAAAACAAUUACAACGAUAGCGAUGUCGACGCUGGGUUCCAUUUCAUUGCAUUUGUCCCCGCUUUGGGGAAACUCUGGAAAUUCGAUGGUUUAGAACGCCAGCCUCAAGCUCGUGGCGAUUGCUCCCCAGAUGAUUGGUUAAACUUGGCGAAACCAGACAUUCUUACUCGGAUGGCGGAGUAUGAAGAGGAUCAGAUCGAAUUCUCCGUUUUAGGUCUUGUUCGGGACCCAAUGGACGCUUACAUUCAAGAAUUAGCGGUCAACAUCAGGUGCUUACAACUGGUCAAUCGGCUUCUUGCCGCCACAAGUAGGGAUGACACAGCCACGGCCUUUUCAACUUCUCUGCUCGAAAAUAUUCUCUUAGGGCCAGACGCCUUGUAUGGAUUAACUGAGGAGAUGGUUAACAUAACAUCAGUUCCUACAGAAGAGGAGAAACAAUAUAAAGUAUACUCCUCUGAGGAGCUUGCGGCGCAGCAAGUGAAGCUCUGUGAGCAUCAAAAAGAGCUACGCGCGUCCAUCAGAGAAGAGCAGCAAUCCUAUCAAGCCGAUGAGGACUACGCUACCGGGCGCCGCUUUGACUAUGGACCGGCCAUUAGGACAUGGGUCCGCUUUUUGGCGCAGAAAACGGCCAUUGAAGAUCUGGCCCUCCUGGAUGACUAA